AUGAAUCUGCCAUACCAAUAUCUAAGCAGACUUGGACAAAGCUCCAUCCUCUGCGCUGCCAAGGGAGCCAGCAUCCACACAUUCGACCUCGAGGCCGGCAACUCAUUUCUCUCAUCAUGGACUCACCCCCUCACAAAGCAAGCCAGCAGCGGCGAACCUCAGGAAACCAGUCAGGAAGGUCAAGAACUCAAUGAGCAAGAGAGUGGUCAGCGCCCAUCGAAAAAGCGCAAGCUGAAUGAAGACAAGAAGCCCGGCGCUGAGGAGGGUACUAGUCAAGCUGACACGGGCGCAGUAGAAACGACGGCAAAUGGGAAUGGGAAAAAGAAGCAUAAGCCCGAUUCUCGUGUUCAGGGGCCGGAAAUCCCGUUCGUAGCUCUCAUGACAGCAACGGAAGAUGGGAGAUAUUUAGUCGCCGUAACUGGCCAAGAUAAGACGCUUUGGGUAUUCGAACAUGACGGGAAGGGCGAGCUUAAGGAAAUAAGUCAAAGAGUCAUGCCCAAGCGUCCCAGCUCCAUCGCCAUCACCCCGGACGGGACUACAAUCCUAUCCGCAGACAAAUUCGGAGACGUCUACUCACUACCUCUGAUCCCAACCGCCACACCCCCCGAGGCACCCAGCACCCCCAGCACGCCCUCCAGCGCGCCCGCCCCAGCUCCAUCUUUCAAGCCCGCAGCUAACCGACUAACCGUGCACUCCCAGCGCAACCUGCGCGCCCUAGAAGAGCAAGAGCGCAUCCUAGCCAGCCGCAAAGGCGAACCCGCCAAAGACGUUCCCCCGGCGUCCAAGUACGAGCCGAUCCUAGGCCACGUCUCGAUGCUGACGGCCCUGGUCCUGGCCACUGCGGACGGCAGGCCCUACAUCAUCACGGCCGACCGCGACGAGCACAUCCGCGUCUCGCGCGGCAUCCCCCAGGCGCACGUCGUCGAGAACUAUUGUCUCGGCCACGAGGCUUUCCUCAAUGCCCUCUGUGUACCUGCCUCUCGCCCGGAAGUCCUGGUCUCGGGGGGCGGGGACGACGAGCUGUUCGUGUGGAAUUGGAAGGCCGCUCAGUUACUCGGCAAGACGGACCUCCUUCCCCAUAUUAAGGAGAUAGUGCCUAGCGCGGAGCAAGUCGCCGUGUCGCAGUUACUUUCGUACGAUGUAGACGAGAGAUGCUUCAUAUUAGCUAUUUGCGAGCACGUCCCGGCAAUCUUCACAUUCGAAGUCCUCCCAGACAAUACUCUCAACCACGUGCAGACAUUACGUUUACAAAACAGCCCCCUAAACGCUCUCAUCACCACCAGGCCAGAAAGCUCUCUUAAAUUAGUCGUCGCAACUGAUCCCCCGCAGCCAACUACCGACGACAGCACGACACAAACAGAGGGAGAUACCCCCAUGACAGUGGCAGAACCAACCCAGUCUCUUCUGCUCUUCGAGCGAGACGAGACAGGAAAUUGGGUUCAGAAAGGGGGCAUUCAGGAUAUCGCCGAGGGAAAUCUAGAUGUUUCGCGGAAGGAGUUGGAGACUAUUCUAUAUACGGUCGAACACCUGCGGAAGACCGAGUUUACGGACGAUGUUGAAGGAGGCUCUGCUGCACCCUAA